AAUGUAUUUUUUUCUAACAAAUAAAGUAAUUUAGUCAAUGCCUCAGGUGAUUUCACAAUUUGUGGCGCUCCACAAGGGCAGGUUUAAAAUAUAUAAAAGGCACAUUGACAGCAUCUUUGCUUCAUUUGCAGCCAUGGAUGUUAACAUUGCUCUUGGACUGCUUGCUGCACUGGUUGUUCUCACCUCACAGCCGUAUAAUACAGAAGGUAGAAAUAUUAUUUGCCGCAAAGAUCUGCGCAAGCUUCAGAAGCGCUCAGGUGAGGAUGUUGUUCUUCUAGAAGGUUAUGAAGUUACACCAAAGGAUGAGGAGCGAGACGGUGACUGUGUGGAAUAUGAGGCGGCCAGUCCUUUUCCCACCUCUGCUGCACAAACAACCACAAUGAAUAAAGUACCAAACACGGUUAAGCCAGUGCCGACCCCCCAAAAACCGUCCAAAAACCAGUGCUGGGUGUACUAUGGUAAACCUGUGAAGCUGUAUCUACACAUGAGGAAGCUGCCCACACUUCGCAGUUCUCAAGGGAAUGGGGUGGUCUCUGGACCUUAUACAGGGGGAGUAAACAGUUUUGUUAAUAGCCAACCUAGGGUGGUGUGUGGGAAAGUGCAAAUUACAAUGAGAAUUUUCCCUAAAGGACUUCAGGAUUACUCUAAUGGCAACCAGGGAAAGCAAAAUAAUAAAGGGCCAGGGGUGGUUAAGCCAGUAAUGGGCAGGCCUGCGAUGGCUAUGCAGGUGUCCAAAAGUGGAAGUUCCUCGUUUUACAACUUUCUCAGAUCUUAUCAGGGAGUGUUGGCCACUCAGAGGACCGAGGGAAGUUCAGUUUCUUCUCGCUGUGUUUAA